AAUAUAUGUUGGAAUUCUUCACUACAAAAGUACUCUUCUUUUCUUUCAAUUCUUGAUAAAUAAUGUUAAGUUCUAGAGUUAGUUUUCUCUCCAACAACAAGUUGUCAUUUAAAAUUUUCUAUGACAAUAUUACCAACUACAUUCAUACUUCAGCCAUUAAUAAUGCUGGACAUUCGAAAUGGGCUAAUAUCCGUCAUAUCAAAGCCCUCAAAGAUGGACAAAAAUCGGCACUAUUCACCAGAUAUUCACGUCAAAUAAGAAUUGCUAUACAAGACGGGGGAUCUCCUGAUCCAGCACUUAACACUCAACUACGAAACAUUAUCGACAAUGCAUUACGAAAAAAUAUGCCCAUGGCAACCAUACAAAAUUGUAUUAAAAAGACAAGUGCCAGCAAGGUGCUUCUAAAGAAGCACUUUCUGUAUUGGCGCUUUCAACACAAAGUCUUUGCCAUUUGCUCCGUUUAUACUGAGAACUUUGCACAGUUCAAAAUGGAAUUGGCACCAAUUCUUCGCAAGGCUGGAACAGUUUAUGUCGAGGGGCAACAUAUGUUUGAUGAUGUUGGUAUGAUCGAAGCUGUUGCCAGUGAUGAGAAUAUAUCCAAGUCGAAGUCUGUGGACGAACUGGAACAGAUUUGUACAGAGGAUGCAAUCGAAUGUGGAGUUGAAGAAGUUGAAGUUUUAGAUCACACAAAGGGCAUUGUUAAUUUUUUGUGCAAUCCAAUUGAAUUGGGGACAGUAAGUCGAGCCUUGGAGAAACGGGGUUAUUUAAUAGAAAAUGCUGAGCAUAUAUUUAUUCCAAAGAAUACCGUUGAACUUUCAGAGGUAGAACUGAAAACUUACGAGAACUUUCUGAAUAAAAUUCGAGAACUUCCAGGCAUAGAAGCAAUAUAUGAUAAUGUGAAAAGUUCCUAAUCAUUAUGUUGUACAAAUAUAUUAAAUAUAAAAA